CUUCAUCUUCACUCUCUUGUUCAUUCUGCUCACAACUUCAUCUCAACUCCCUGUCUCCUUUCAGCUGUCUUUCUCACUCUAUCCUCCUGUUACAAGCUUCUACCCUCUAUUAGAACACAAUGAUAUUCUCUUGCAUUCUUGUUGUCUUUGCAGCAAGCUUGGCCACUGGCCUUGCUCUGCCUGCUGGCACCAAGACCAGUGAGCUGUCUAAUGUCCAGCCCAAUGGUUAUAUCAGUGGUGGUGGUGUGUCGAUUCUCGACCGCGAUGUCGACAAUGAUAUUGAGUCAGCGCCGUACGUUGGCGAUGCUGGACAUCAUUUGAUUGACAAGAGAGACGAUGCCGCAACUGUCUACAAAGCUGUCCUGCUAAACGAGGAGGACUGGAUGGCCGCCCUGGAAAAGUCUUCGGCUUGAAUGUCUAGAGAAAGUGGCUGCAAGCGGACUGUUUAUUUAUUCUGAAACGAACUAUCUCGCCAAGCGCAUCACCGUCGCAGACAAUAUCUCAUUUUAACGAACUCUACAUUUGAAAUGUGGUGAUUAGAGCUUAUUAUGCUUGAUUAAUCUGCUGGUUUCAGUUUUCUUUUCUUUUCUUUUCUCUUCUCUUGAAGUUUUCUUUUCACUUAUCCUAGGUUGAGUCCUCAUAAUACUCUGCCUUUACCGAGUUCGACCUAGAGAUGAUUUAACGUGACAAUGAUUUAACCUGUUUCGUUUUCAUCAAUAUCUCUUGAAGUAUAGUAUUUGGCAAGUUGAAAGCUCUUAAUGGUUUAACAAGAAAGACG